AUGGUCCAUGGACAGGCCCAUAUGUUUGGAAAAGUGCCAGCACUGCUACGCUGGACUGGAGAUGUGGCCUGUGAUCUCUGCACUGAGAAACAGCUCAAAGCUGUGAAGUCCUGUCUGACCUGCACUGCCUCCUACUGUGAGAGUCAUGUCAGACAUCACUACACCGUAGCAGCUCUGCAGAGACACACCCUGGUGGAGGUGACUGGAAAACUGGAGCAGAAACUGUGCCAGCUGCACCACAGAGCUCUGGAGGUCUUCUGUAAGACAGACCAGAACGUCAAGAAUGCGACCAUUGAGCUGAACAAGCAUUUCUGUAGAGGCCUGACUGAAGACUGGACAGCAGACAGUGUUGUGGUGGCUGCCCUCGGUCGUCCCUUAGAUCUUGGGAUGUUGUAUGACUGCCGCAGUGAAUCAUUUUGUUCAGAUGUCAGUCUUUGGGAUAACAGUACAAUAGCUUCCAUGCGUCAGUCUCUACCUCGGCCUCUCACAGAGGUGAAGUGUAUUGAAGAAGACUCCUUACAGGACAGAUUCAGGGCUUUGGAUGUGACCACUCCUCUCAGAGCCAGUGUCCUGUCUGGACUGGUGGAGGUUGGAGGUGCUGCUGGAUACCUGAACCAUCCUGUUCAGUCCACACUGCAGGACCGGGUCACUCUACAGUACAGAACCACUACCAGACUGGACAUGCUCAGUCACAACGUGCUUCAGGAGAAGACAGACAGAACACAACGAAAGGCAACUCAUGUCGUCAUGGCUGUUCUCUAUGGAGCUCAAGCAUUCUUUAUCUUUGAUUACAAACACAUCAGCGGACAACACAGUGGUGCAGGAGAGGCAGAUAUGCACAGUGUUGUGAAGAAGAUGAUGUACACCUUCAGUGCAGAUCAGAUCUUUUCCAGCUUGAGUGACACUGAGAAACUGAACAGUUCGUUGUAYCAGUGUACUCUCUACAGUGAUGUAGACCAUGUCAAUGGCUCCAUGACGUAUGACAGAGCUCUGCAAGUCUAUGAAACUCUCCCGAAUCACCUUGGACAGCAAGGAGAGAAAGCACUGCCUCUGUACGCAUGGCUCUAUCCUCUGAAGAAUCUGGACAAUUCAGUUGAAAUUCUAUAUUUCACAAAGGCAGAGGGAGUGCUGGACCAUCUGAGGCAGGUCACCAUGAGAUGCCAGGACAUGAUGACAGACUUCACCAAUGUUUGUGUGAUGAAAUGGUUUCCUGAUCUGAAGUAUAAACUGUCUAGAUUAUCAGAGCUUCUGCAGAAGUACCAGUCUGAGUUUAAGAGAGAGCUGGCCAUGGCAGUAAAGGCCAUGAGAGAGAGUGAAGGGGUGGAUGAAAACAGACUGAGAGACAUUCUCCAGAACCAUGACCAGUCUCCGUUCUGUCUUCAGUCUAUACAGCUGUGGCUAAAAAACAAGGCAGCAGAGGUGAAGGCUCUGAAUGUCUGUAAAACGAGAAACAUCCCCAUAAUGAAAUCUCAGGAAGAGCUGGACGGUGUCCUCAGAUCCUCAAAGGACAGGCUGCUGUGUUUCACUCUGACCUCUCUGGAGGAUGAAGAUCCAUUCCUCUCGACCAUGGAGCAGCACAAACACUCUGUUCCAAUGAACACCGUGAACCAGUCUGAUCUCACUGGACAGCAGGAGACACAGCAACCAUUCAAACCUCCAGAUUUAACUCAGAAAAUACAGUCUGACCUUCGCUUGUUCACCAAAUCCUAUGAAGUCAGAAGAGAUGGAGAGAACAUCAAGUUCAUAGCAGCAGUUAUACCAGAUAUCAGUGUUCCUGGAUCCUCUAUUUGUCUGUAUCAACAAGGCAGUCUCAUCACCACCAACUUCCAGCUGGGAUUAAAACCUGAUCCAGUCCAGGUAGCAGAGAUAAAACAGAGCUGUGUCCUCCUGAAGUUUCCACAGUCAACCAUCAGAAGACCUGAGAGGUACAUAGUAGAGUACAGAGUCAUGACUACUGGUGUUAGCAAGGUUAGCAAACGGCCAUGGAAUGUAGUAGACACCCUGGCUCCUGCAGGAACCUGUCUGGUGCCAGGUUUGAAACCGUUCACACUGUACCAGAUCAGGUACUCUGUUAUAGAACACUCUGUUAUGAGUGACUUCAGCAAGGUCAUUGAGGUCAAAACCCUGAGAUCCCCACCUGUACAGCUGUUUGUGAAUCGUCUAGACAAGGAAACCGUCAAAGUGACUUGGCUCCAGCCUGAGUGUGAAGAUGGUGCCUCUGUACUCCACUACAAAGUAGACUAUAAAGAGGCAGGACUGGAGGGCUGGUCUACCAUGGUAACAGAGGGACCUGAAUGUUACUGUGAUGUAACUCUGAACCUCAGUACCUGCUACAGAGUCAGAGUGUCAGCUGUCUAUGGAGAAGGAGACACCAGUGAAACCACCAGAGAGACAGAUGUCCCAGUCAAUG